AUGUCUAGCGACCUUAGUGUGUGGCAUAGAUCCUUUGACCCAAGUGCCCUAUUGGCUCUAGGCACUAAAAAUUUUGAAAAAUUAGCGAAUGAGAACCCGGAAUCAAUCUCAUCGUUUAGAGCUUCUGGUAAUUACCUAAAUGCAUUUUACGAUGCCCUAGAGGAAUCCCUGAAACAAUUGCCCACUUCAUUCGAUACACAAGAUUCUUACCAAGAUUACCAAUUUAGGCAGCAAUUACUCAUAUAUGUUAGAAAAAUUAGAACUAGUAAAGUCUCUCUAAAUAAUUUUUCCCAUUUGCAAUACUUGUUGCCUUGGGAUUUACAACCAUUAAGGCACCCUAAUACUAGUUGCGGGGAGGAUCGACUAAAAAAUUUGCUAAAAUAUGAGAUAUCACAGGCAAAAUUCCUAUCUCAAUCCAUCAAAAGGCAUUACGCCGCUCAGUUUACCGGUCAAGCUGUUCUAAAUCACAAAAAGGGACUGUGCUGGACCUUCUUAUCACAUGCGUACAGAAAUAAAUCCAAAAUAGAGAUUAUAAUUUACAUUAAAAAAUUGAUUAAAUAUACAGGCCAAAUUUUGCUAUUCGAUCUCCACUGCAACUUACUGUUGGAUACGGGGCAAGACCAUCAAUGGGUGUACGUCAGGGGCUCUUGUAUUUGCUGCUUGCGGAUAGCUUAA